CCAACACCGCCCCGUCUGCCGGGUAGUCUCUCCUCUGACGCCCACCCCACUAGCCGGGCCCCACCCGCUACGCCGCGCGGUUCGGUUCGUCCUCACCAACUCCUCCUCCUUCACUGACGGAUGGGCCACUCGCCGUCGCGGCCCAAUGCCUGCGCCGGCGCCGGCGACCCGCUGCCGUCCCGCUUCGCGCGCUUCCGCCGCCGGCUCCGCCUGCACCGCCGCCGCCGCAGCGGCGGCGACGACUCCGCCAAGGCCAUCGCCGAGGACGAGUUCGCCGGCAUCGCGCGCAUCCGGAUAGUCAAGGCGGAUAUGCGGUUCAAGGACAAGUUCUUCGCCUGCCUUUCGCUAGGGGAGCGCACCUACCGCACCGAGACGUCCGACAAUACGUACAGGCCUGUAUGGGACUCGGAAAAGAAAAUUAUAGUCGAGACAAAAGGGCCUCAUAUUGCACGCAUCUCUGUUUUUGAGACUAACCGGUUCUCCAAGAAUACUUUGGUUGGUUACUGCGAAGUUGAUCUCCUUGAAAUUCUUACUAAGGACUUGGACGAACACUCUGAGGAGCUUCCUCUGUUGGACCCAUCAUCACCCAAUACUACCGUGGGUAGCAUAACCAUCUCAUGUUACAUCGAAGAUCCUGUUGAAACAGAACAAAGCUUUGCCCGUCGUGUGUUAGCUAUAGUGGAUUACAAUGAAGAUGGAACGCUUUCGUUAUCUGAAUUCUCAGACUUGAUCAAAGCUUUUGGCAAUAACUUUGCAGUUGCAAAGAUUGAAGAGCUUUUCCGUCAAGCGGAUAAAAAUGGUGAUGGCAUAGUUGAUAUAGAUGAACUGGCAGCCUUACUGGCCGAUCAACAAGAGAAAGAACCACUUAUAAGUAACUGCCCUGUAUGUGGUGAAGAUCUUGGAAAAUAUGAUAAAAUAAAUGAUAUGAUACAUAUGACACUUUGCUUCGAUGAGGGAACUGGUAAUCAGAUAAUGACUGGUGGAUUUCUAACUGAUAAGCAGGCUUCUUAUGGGUGGAUGUUCAAGCUCAGUGAAUGGGCACAUUUUUCUACGUAUGAUGUUGGUUUGCACUCCGGCUCUACAGCUUCCCAUAUCCUGGUUUUCGACCGGCGAACAAAGAGGAUAGUUGAAGAAGUUAUUGAUGGAAAAAUUGUGUUGUCCAUGAGGGCUUUAUACCAAUCAAAAGUAGGGCUCACUCUCAUCAAUACAGGUGUUAAAGACCUCUUGAAGAACCUAUCUGAGAAGCAAGGGAAAAAGAUGAACUCACCGGAAUCUGCAAAAGAUAUUCCCAAGUUCCUUGAGUCAUUUAAGGAUCAAAUUAACAUGGACGAGGUCAAGGAUCCUAUUGAAAGUUUUAAGACUUUUAAUGAAUUUUUCAUAAGAGGACUGAAACCUGGUGCCAGACCAAUUGCAUAUUGUGAUCAAGAUGGUAUCGCCACCUGUGCUGCUGAUAGCCGUUUAAUGGCUUUCAGUUCUGUUGAUGAGAGCACAAGACUUUGGAUCAAGGGCCGCAAAUUUUCAAUUGAGGGUCUCCUAGGGACCAGUGCCCACUCGAAUGCUUUAAGCAAUGGAUCGUUGGUCAUUUUCCGGCUUGCACCUCAGGAUUACCAUAGGUUUCAUGUACCAGUCUCAGGAACCGUGGAGAAAUUUGUGGAAAUUCCUGGAUGCCUGUACACGGUCAAUCCCAUUGCUGUGAAUAGCAAGUAUUGCAAUGUAUUCACAGAAAAUAAGAGAGUUAUCUCAAUAAUAUCAACUUCAGAGUUUGGAAAGGUAGCGUUUGUCGCGAUUGGAGCAACCAUGGUAGGAAGCAUCACUUUCUUGAAAAAGGAGGGUGAUUACGUCCAGAAAGGAGAUGAGUUUGGGUAUUUCUCCUUUGGAGGGAGCACAGUGAUAUGCGUCUUUGAGAAGGAUGCGAUCCAGUUCGAUGCUGAUCUUGUUGCCAACAGCGAAAGGUCACUGGAAACCCUUGUUUCUGUUGGCAUGACUCUGGGCGUUUCCACAAGGAACAAGGGGCUGCAAGUGCCCGAGCUGCAGAAAUGUUCGCUUGAUUGACAGAGAGGUGCGACAUGGUACAGAGCUGUAAGUUAAUCGCAAAUGGGUUAAUAGUAGGGUGUAUUUAGCUAGCAGCUGCCAUUUGAUUUGACAAUUAGCAAGGAAGAACUAGCGUCAUAUAUUCAUUUGAACUACGUUCUUUAUGGUGCUCAAGUACACAGUUUUUUUUACUCUCUCCAAAGAAAAAGUAAACAAGCUUUGAAAA